UGUGAUCCGCCAUCACAGAUGGUAAAAACAGAGAAGAAGAAGGUGCGACAACAGUUUGGCUAACCCAGACAGUAGUGGGUUAGUUUAUGACAGCUGCUCAACCAGAGUAACGCAACAAUUUAGGUUUAUUUACUGUUAAUCCUGCUUUUCUUAUGACGUCCUUCAAAACGGGUGAACACAUCGCAGUAUGUUUGAGGAUCCUGAACUACAAGAUCCACUGUCACUGAGACUAAAUGAAAACUAUGAUGACAAGAAUUCGCAACAGCAGGAGACCAAAAAAGCACUAGAAAGCCCAGACUAUAACUGUGAGACUCCAGACAUUCAAGUGAUCAUCAAAGAAGAAGAGGAAGGCUGGAUUGUGAGUGAAAAUCAUGAGAGCGCAGAGAUAGAAAAAGAGGUUGCUUCUGCACAUACUUGUCAUCCAAACCUCAAAGCAUGUGGGAAGGAGCGCUGCAUUUCAUAUGGAAUAAAGAGACCGCAGAGAGGAAAUUCAGGGGUGGAGAAAUGCUCUAAGGAGCCUGGUAGCCCCACUGUCUAUGGGCAGAGUUCCUCUGCCAGAAAGGGGCAGCAGGGACACAUGCUCAUGGACUCUAAUGAGAAACCUAAGAUUUCCUCUAUAUGUGAGAAGGCAUUGGGAAAUGAGACUGUGCAUCAGUGCAAUGACAAUGGAGAGAAAACUUUCUCCUACACAGUACGCGAGGCUACUCCCCGUACCACAAGAAACAUGAAAUCCCAGCAGCAAACAUGCACAGACGAGGGCUGUUAUCCCGAAGACCAGAGCCUUGCUGUAAAACAAAGCACAUCUUUGCAAACAGAAGUGGAACUACAUGAGACCAAACGAUCAGCACCUUGCCAAACAUAUAUUGAGGAUUCUCCUGAACGAAAGCCCCUGAUGUCACGUGGACUCGACAUGGCAUCUGCAAAUGUAGAGGAACAAACACUCCAUGUGACAGUCAGACUGCAGGCAGGGGAGGAAGAAGAGGAACAAGAUGAAGAAAUUGGUGGUUUAAUCAACUCUGACGGAGAGGUGGUUGAGUGGGAUGCCAGAGACAGUCCUGACCGAGGCUCUGACUGCACAGAAAGCCUUCAGGCUAGCAAGUCACAGCUGCAAGGCCAAAGCCAGACAGGGAGCAGUAGUCCAACACUCAUCAUGGAAGUUGUGUCUGUGGGGGAAGAUGAAGAAAGGGAAGAAGGGGAGGAAAAAGAGAGAUUAGUAAAGAUGAAAGCUGUUCCACGCUUGUACUGUGCAGGAAAGAGACACAGAAGAAAGAACAAGGGUCCAGAAAUAAAACUGGUGACACUGGAUGCCCCAGAUGCACAGACAGAAGUUCCUGCAGGUCCUGCAAAGAGAAGGAGUAGAAGAAGAAUUUCAGAAACUCCACCUUUGUCUGGUGAAGACUUGGAGGCAGAGCCUGGAAUAUCAAGGCGUACCCGAAGAAAAAGAAAUUUGGCCACCAUAGUGAAAUCACAAGAGUUAAAUGCAAAAACUGUCCAUCGUGUUGCUGCAAAGCGACCUUACAAAAGAAGGAAAGACGUUAAACCAUCCGUAGAAGGAGAAAAUGCUAAUCUUUCAGUAGGGAAGAAGCGCCCUGGCAGAAAGAUGCAUUGUAUACCAAUAGAAAUACCUCCAGAGCUCCUGAAGAAGCCCAAAGAGAAGAUUGAGUACCACUGCUCAGUGUGUGGCAAAGAAUUUCCUCAUGCAUACAAACUAGAGCGGCACGAGCUGAUCCACACAGGCGAGAAACCGUACUGCUGCUCCAUCUGUGGUCGGGGUUUUAACCAGAAGGGAAAUCUGAAAACACACUACAAGGUCCACUUAGGUCGCAAGGGUUCUGCAGACUUUGCUGAUGACGUGAAUCCUAUAGCAUCAGAACUCUCUGAAUACUUGAAGACUUUGCCGGGAGAGUCCAGGAUCAGAUCAUCCCUCCGUUGCUUGGACUGUGGAAAAGAAUGUGAGAAUCAGUCUGCUUUACAAGCACACCACAUCACUACACAUACACAGACAGCUGCUCAAUCAGACACGGUCGAGCACAGUGCAUCACAGCUUCUGUUCUGCCGCCGCUGUGGCAUUCAGUUCAGUGAAAAAGAAAAGCUGGAAGAACACAUGAAAACUCACAUUAAGGAGAAGCCCUACUCAUGUCCUGACUGUGGCAAGAGAUUCAUCAAUGAGAGCUACAUACAAAUCCAUCAGCGGAUCCACACCGGGGAGAGACCGUUUCUCUGCUCCCAGUGUGGCAGAGGUUUCCACACAGCUUCAUCUCUCAAGCUGCAUGAGAUGCAGCACUCAGGGGAGAGGCCAUUCGCGUGUUCCAUCUGUGGGAAGACAUUUCGGAUAAACUCAUAUCUAACAGCACAUUACCAGACCCACAUGAAAGACAGGCCUUUCAUUUGUAGUGUCUGUGGAAAAGGCUACUCUAGAGCCGAGGAACUGAAGGUGCAUCACAGGCUUCACACUGGGGAGAGACCCUAUAAGUGUGGAGAAUGUGGGAAGAGCUUCAUUUACCGCCAAGGUCUGCGGCAGCAUCAGCGCACACAUGCUGGAAGACGCAUCGGGCCAACCAGACAGCUCGGUAGACCGAAGCAGCAGGCUAGGCUGGAUCUUCUAUCUCUACUUGCAAAAAGACGAUUUACUUCUCUAAACAUGUACUGUGGAGAUGACGAGACUCAGGGAGGAGAAACAGCAAGAAGUCUAGAACACAGUGGCUUCAAAGAACAGUCUCGGGAAAAUCCACAUGAGGAACCAAGACAAUUCCCAGGGCCUCGCAGGUCCAAGAAGAUCUACAGCUGUCCGACUUGUGGAAGAGUUUUCUCUUACAAUGGUUCCCUGCAUCGACAUCUUGUGAUUCACUCUGGAAAGAGACCCUUCAAGUGCUUCAUAUGUGGAAGAGGAUUCACCCAGAGUGGAAACCUCAAGACUCACAUGAAAGUUCACAGAGAAGAGUUACCAAAGUGGACUUUACUUAAAGAAAGGAGUCCUCCUAAAGAAUCUCCUGUGACAGUUCACGUGUGUGGAAAGUGUGGCAUGGACUUCCCUCAGAAACAACAACUGGAAAAACACAGAGAGAGUCACAAAAAGCCUUACACUUGUCUUGACUGUGACAAGACAUUCAAAAAUGAGUAUUAUUUUAAACUACAUCAGCGCAUUCACUCUGGAGAAUCUCUUUUCCUCUGCUCAGAGUGUGGAAAGGGCUUCCUCACAGCAGAUGCACUUAAAAAACAUGAGUUGACGCACACUGGAGAAAAGAAUUUCCACUGUGAUCAGUGCGGGAAAGCAUUUGCACAAUCCUCCAACCUCCGUUUGCACCUCAAAACACAUACUGGAGAGCGGACUCAUCUCUGCUCAAUCUGUGGUAAAAGCUACUCUAGAGCAUGUGCUCUGAAAGUUCACCUGCGAGUUCAUACUGGAGAAAAACCAUAUACUUGUGAUAAAUGUGGCAAGUGUUUCUAUUACUAUCAAGGUUACCGAGCGCAUCUGAAGACUCAUGACAAGAAGCCAAAACCGCCAGUAAAACCUCUGGGGAGACCAAAACAGCAGCUGUUGGUGGUAAACAAUCAAUGUAUGGGCUCUGAAAACCCAGAUGACUUUGGACCUGCUGUGAUCCUUACUGACGAAGAUCAGCAAGAAAUUGGAGGUUUGAUCAACUCUGAUGGGGAAGAAGUGGACUUCUCAGAUCUCAGAGAGAGUGCCAUCCCUGGCACUGGAGUUUUCGAGGCGUCCUCAAAGAUGUUUGUUCACAAUGACAAUGAAAAGCCAUCCUCUCUUCACAGCUGCUCAGUGUGUGGCAAAGACUUCCCGUAUGCCUCCAAACUUCAGCGCCAUCUACGCACUCAUUCAGGAGAGAGGCCUUUCCCCUGCUCCAUGUGUGAGAAGAGGUUUCCAGAGAAGGGGCUGCUCAUGAUUCAUGAAAGGGUCCACACUGGGGAAAAGCCGUUCCCAUGCACUUUCUGUGAGAAAAGAUUUGCCAGUCAGGGGGAGCUCCGGCUACACCGGCGGACACACACUGGCGAGAGGCCGUAUCACUGCUCCAUCUGUCUGAAGAGCUUUUCUCGUCACUGGCACCUGAAGACUCACUUAGAGGCGAUGCACUCUGAGGUUGUUGCGGGUUUUACAAGGAAGAAGUUCCCGUGUUCAGACUGUGACAAGAGCUGUAACUCAGCAGCCGAGCUGAGAGAUCAUCAGAGGACUCACACUGGAGAGAGGCCCUACCAGUGCUCUUUCUGUGACAAAAGGUUUGCCUUGUCAGGUACACUUGUGAGACACGAGCGCCUUCAUACUGGCAUUACACCGUACCACUGUUCUGAUUGUGGCAAGACAUUUGCACAGCAGUGGACCUUGACGACUCACAUGCGGACUCAUACUGGUGAAAAACCGUACAGCUGCACACAGUGUGAUAAAUCUUUUGUAGCUCCCGGAGAACUUCGGAGACACACCAGGAUUCACACAGGAGAAAAGCCGUACACCUGCGCAGACUGCGGAAGACACUUCUCACUGGCAGGAACACUCAGAAACCACAAACGGUCUUGUAUACAGAACAAGAAUGGACCAGUUACAGGUGACAUCUUAGGCCCAGUUCAGGCUGCAGGCAGUGAAUUAUCCCAGCAAGACCUGGCCAACAACAUCAGCUGUGAGGUAUCUGACAGGCAGUGUUUACCCACUUCAGUUGAGCCCUGUUUCUCAAAGGGUUUUCACUGUGACAAAGCGGCUCAGUAUAUAAAUAACCUGCAAGAACCAGAGAAGGACAUCACUUCCAGUCCUCAAAUGAAUGUUAUAGUGAAAGAGGAGGAAGAAGAGGAACCACUGUGUGUAGAAAAAGCUGGUCUGGGGUCUGCUUGUGAAGAUUGUACCAUGCCAGAGGCAACUGAAGAGCAGCAUGAGGAAAGCAACACAGAAAUAAGGAUCACAGUAAAGGAGGAGGAAGAAGAGGAACUUGUCAACAUGUCUGGAGAAGAUUCCGAUCAGGCCGCUGACAGUGACAAAGGCAGUCCUCCAGCAUCACCAGUGCAGGAACAGUUUAACAACAAUCUGAAGAGCUCUUACUGCUGUGGGCUCUGUGGAAGGGACUGUCACAAGAUGUCUGCAUUGCAAAUUCACAUGCGAAUUCACUCUGGAGAGAAACCUUAUCAAUGCACUCUGUGUGGGAAGCAGUUCACACAAAAAGGUCAACUCAAAGGUCACCAGAAAGUCCACACAGGAGAGAAGCCCUUCUCCUGCCCAGACUGUGGGAAGAGCUUUGCCCACUCAGGUGCCAUGAACAGACACCGGCUCACACACACAGGAGAGAGGCCCUACCAUUGCUCAGUGUGUGACAGGAGCUUCAAUCAGUCUGGCCGCUUGAGGGAGCAUGAGAAAAUCCACUUUGGAGAGAAGUUUGACUGUCCCGAGUGUGAAAAGAGUUUCACACGAGCUUCAAGCCUCAAAAACCAUUUCAGGCUUCACACGGGAGAGAGGCCAUACAGCUGUGACAUCUGUGGGAGAGGAUUCAGCCGCUCACAAAGUCUGAGGCUUCACAAACGAAAGCACGAGCAGAUUCAGAUUGUGGAGGAGUCUGCUUUCAAUGUGAAGAAUGACGACUUCUCACAGAGUGAUGAUAACUCUCCAAUUAAUAUGUGUAUAACAGACAAAAAUGACUGAUGGUGUAUCUAUGAACCGUACACAUACAUACAAGUAGUAGUAUAACGAUACCAGAUUUUAGGCAGUAAAACAUGAACUGAAAGAGAGGAGAGUCAGGGACUACCUCUGUGAAUAGCUUGUGGUGGUUCACCCUAAAGUAUUAAAGCUAAAAUAUGUAGAAAAAUGCAGACAAAUUAAUAGACAGGCACAAACAAGGUGAUGUUCAGCAACAAGCAACACAUUUUCAAAGAAAAUGAUCAGACAAAUAUUUACUGCAAACAGCUUUUGUAAAAUCUUGGAAACUGUUUAGACGAUACGUUUUAGAAGUCAUAUCUGCUCUUGUUUAUCACCUUGACCUAUGUUAGAUGCAUCUGAAUAUCAUAGUACAGGUCUGUGAUUUUCCACUUUUUCCAUUCAGUAUUUGUCAUUCAAACACAUUGUGCAUUUGGCAAUUGGAUUGAAAAAUAAUUGUUUUUGUAUCAGAUAUUACAGUGGUCUGUGAACAGUCUAUGAAUCAGGUGAAACUGGAAUUCAUUUUUUGGGAAAUGUAGCCAGUAAUGAAACUAUGGGAUCAUGAUAUUCAUCAGUGUUUUUCCAAAACUAUUUUGGCUUAGUGGUGUUAUUUUAUUUCAGCAUCCAAAUCAUGAAUCAGGUUAAGACAAGCUCUUAAGGCCAAGUAACCAUUGUGAAUAAAGGAAUCAUCCUCUGUGAUAUAAAUGACUAAUUUUAAGCCAUUUAGAUGGUAAAUGUUGCUCAGUGCUGCCUCUAUUUAAAUUGUAUGGGUCAUGUUAUACUGAACAAUAAAGGUAA